AUGAAUGGCAUUGAGACUGCGAGCACUUACCACCACCAAAUCUCAUUUACUGGAUUCAACUGCCUCGGCCUUUCAAGCCGUCGAUGGCGCAUUGAGAUCACGUCUGAGGGUCUACCGCGCAAGUAUGGCGCACUAAUUGAGAAGAUGUGGCUGCCGGUUGAGAGCGGGAUAGACGACGAGCAGUCUUUAUACCGAUGGGUCGAGCUGUGGAAUCUUCAAGGCCCACGCGGCGAAGAGGGCUAUCUAGAAGGUAAUACGAUGUGGCAGGGUCGGACGGGCCCCGGUGUGAUUUUUAUCGAAAUGAUGUUGAGAGCGAGAGACUCCUUUGAUCCGUGGAUGUCUCAUCUAACAAAGGCGAUUUAUCACAGGGAUUCCUCUCUUGCGACGCUCAAACAUCUCAUUUUCUUGGACAUUGAUGUACUGAACACGUGGAAGUUUGUAACCCAGAAUAUAUACAAGCCGUGGACGGCGCUCAGCUCCUGCCAGGUCUGGGAGCCCGGGUCGAAGGAAUUCGAGGCCUCGCUCGGCACUAGACCUCGCCGUUGCCCGCGGGCCGCCCUCGUUUUUGCGGGCGGGGGGCCGGUAGCUCCUGCCCGAGGGCCAGGCGGGUCUUCUGCCCGCCCUCUGAGGGUGGCCCUCGAGACAUUUCGAGGGCCGACAAACAUGACAAACACAAAAAGUCCUGGGAUUGCAUAA